CACCCCUCUUCCCCUCUCACCUCCUCUCACCUCCCCUCCACAUAACCGCCUUUUCUCUUUUUCUCUCUUGUCUUUCUCUUCUGCGUCGGGCGAGCAGAAGUGCGCAGUUCGAUACCCCGGAUAGUAUAUCCUUUCAGCGCUCUUUGAGGCCGUCGCUUGACCGCCUUUUCGCCUUUGUCCCCCACAAAAGGCCACUCUUUUUUCCACCCUCCAGAUCUCUCACAAAACUCUAAAAAUGGCACCCGCUGCAACUGAAGCCGCAUCGGCUGUUAAGUCGGAAACCGCAAAGUCCAUGAAGGCUCUCGAGGAGCUCUUCAAGCGCCUGACCGUCUCCAAGGAGGCUGGCGACAUCGAGAGCGCCUCUCAUGACAUUGCCACCUUGAUCAAUGGCGAUUUGGAGAAGGAUGCUUCGCUUGAGGCUUUUGAACUCCUCAAGAAGCAGCUUGGAAACAAGAAGGAUGCUCUCGCUCGUGAGCGCGCUCUCGAGGCCGUCAGGGCCAUCGCCAACCACGCUACCGUCUCACCCGCUGUCGAGCCCUUCCUCGUCGCCUUUCUGCCCAACACCCUGGCCGCUGUUGGUGACAAGAUCACUUCCGUGAAGAAGGCUGCCGAGGCCGCCUCCGAGUCCAUCGUCAAGGCAGCCAACGCCCACGCUGUCAAGGCCAUCCUCCCCCACAUCUCCGCCUCGCUCGAGACCGCACAAAAGUGGCCCGAGAAGAUGAUCGAUCUCAAGCUCAUCCAGGAUCUCUGCGAGAGCGCGCCGACCCAGAUGGCCUUCCGCGUUCCCGAUCUUGUUCCCGUCGUCUCCGGAGCCAUGUGGGAUACCAAGGCUGAGGUGAAGAAGGCUGCCUACGCGACUAUGGAGAAGAUCUGCGCCCUCAUCUCCAACAAGGAUAUUGAGCGCUUCAUUCCUGAGCUGAUCAAGUGUAUCGCCAAACCCGAGAACGUUCCCGAGACCGUCCACCUUCUUGGUGCCACCACCUUCGUCACCGAUGUGCACGAGCCGACUCUCGCCAUCAUGGUUCCCCUGCUCGAGCGUGGUCUCGUCGAGCGUGAGACUGCCAUCAAGCGUAAAUCCGCCGUCAUCAUCGACAACAUGUGCAAACUCGUCGAGAACCCUCAGAUUGUCGCCGCUUUCCUGCCCAGGUUGAUGCCCGCUCUCGAGAAGAACUACGAGAACAUGGCUGAUCCCGAGGCCCGUGAGAAGACCAAGCAGGGUCUGGACACACUCAUCCGUGUCGGCCACGUCAAGGACGGCAAGAUCCCUGAGCUUUCCAAGGCUGGCGACGUCGAGACUGUUGCCGCCAACCUCAAGGCCGUCAUCCCCUCCAAGCACAAGGUCGAUGCCAAGCUCGAACCCAUCGUCAACUACGUCGGCGCCAUUGGUGGCCAGCUCGUUGACCAGAGUGACUUCGAGCAGGUCAGCUGGGAGACCAACUGUGGUCCUUUCGUCGAAGUUCUUGUGGGAGCCGAUGACGCCAACAGCGUUACCGACGCUCUUCGAAGGCGAUCCGUUCCCGGUGCCGAGGACGAGGAUGUUCCCGAGCCUGAUGAGGAGGAGGGCGAGGACCUCUGCAACUGCACAUUCAACUUGGCCUAUGGUGCUAAGAUCCUGCUGAACCAGACUACCCUCCGCCUCAAGCGUGGCCAGCGCUACGGUCUGUUGGGCCCCAAUGGUUCCGGAAAGACCACCCUGAUGCGUGCUAUCAACAACGAGCAAGUCGAGGGUUUCCCCAAGCAGAGCGAAGUCAAGACAGUCUACGUUGAGCACGAUCUCGACUCCGCCGACACUGAGCAGACCGUCAUUGAGUGGACCAUGAAGAAGCUGAAGUCCGUCGGUAUCGAGAAGCCCCAGAACGAAGUCGAGGACAAGCUCGUCGAGUUCGGUUUCGUCAAGGAGCAACUCACGAACCCCAUCACUUCGCUCUCUGGUGGUUGGAAGAUGAAGCUUGCUCUUGCUCGCGCCGUCUUCGAGGAGCCCGAUAUCCUUCUGCUUGACGAGCCCACCAACCACUUGGAUGUCAAGAACGUCAAGUGGCUUGAGGACUACCUUGUCAACUCGCCUUGCACCUCCAUCAUCAUCUCCCACGACAGCGGCUUCUUGGACAACGUCAUCCAGCACGUUAUCCACUACGAGCGCUUCAAGCUCAAGCGCUACAAGGGUAACCUGAGUGACUUCGUCAAGCGCGUGCCCUCUGCUCGCUCCUACCACUCGCUCACCGACACCGACAUGGAGUUCAAGUUCCCCGAGCCCGGUUACCUUGAGGGUGUCAAGACCAAGGCCAAGGCUAUCGUCCGUGUCAGCAACAUGUCCUUCCAAUACCCUGGAACGAGCAAGCCUCAGAUUUCCGACAUCACCUUCCAGUGCUCGCUCGGCUCUCGUAUCGCUGUUAUCGGUCCCAACGGUGCUGGCAAAUCUACUCUCGUCAACGUCCUGACUGGUGAACUCAUCCCCACUUCUGGUGAAGUCUACCAGCACGAGAACAUCCGUAUCGCCUACAUCAAGCAGCACGCCUUCGCCCACAUCGAUAACCACUUGGACAAGACUCCUUCCGAGUACAUCCAGUGGCGUUUCCAGACUGGUGAGGAUCGCGAGACCAUGGACCGUGCCAACAAGAUCAUCACGGAGGACGACGAGAAGGCCAUGGACCACAUCUACAAGAUUGAGGGCACUUUGCGUCGUGUCAUCGGCGUCCACUCUCGUAGGAAGUUCAAGAACUCCUACGAAUACGAGUGCUCGUUCUCUCUGGGUGAGAACGUCGGCCAGAAGAACGAGAAGUGGACUCCUAUGAUGACUGCCGACAACGCCUGGCUUCCUCGUAGCGAGAUCAUCGCCACCCACGCCAAGAAGGUCGCUGAGGUCGAUCAGAAGGAGGCUCUUGCCAGCGGUCAGUUCCGUCCUCUGGUUCGCAAGGAGAUUGAGGCUCACUGCGCCAACUUCGGUCUUGAUGCUGAGCUGGUUUCUCACUCGCGCAUGCGUGGUCUCUCUGGUGGUCAGCGUGUCAAGGUCGUACUUGCUGCCUGCUCGUGGCAACGUCCUCAUCUGAUCGUCCUGGAUGAGCCUACCAACUAUCUUGAUCGUGAUUCGCUCGGUGCCUUGUCCAAGGCCCUCAAGUCCUUCGAGGGUGGUGUCAUCAUCAUCACCCACUCCGCUGAGUUCACCAGGGGUUUGACCGAAGAAGUCUGGAGUGUCGUGGACGGCAAAAUGACGCCUUCCGGCCACAACUGGGUGCAGGGACAGGGUUCUGGUCCUCGCCUUACGAAUAAAGAUGAUGAUGACGAGCCCAAGUUCGACGCGAUGGGCAACAAGAUCGAGGCGACCAAGAAGAAGGCCAAGCUGUCCAGCAGCGAAGCCCGCAAGAAGAAGAAGGAGCGCAUGGCCCGCCGCAAGCGUGGUGAGGAGGUGUUCUCUGAUGAGGACGAGUAGACGACAGUUUCUGGAUGCUCAAGAACGAUCUUGGCCUCAACAGGGGCGUUUUCCUUUUCCUCGUCACGAUUUUGCAUUUUCAGGGGGUUUAUGCUGUGUCUGUGUUCGGGCCUUUUGUCUAUAGACAAGACCGGCCGGCUCUGGAUAGCUCGGACAUGAACGAUGUCGUUUCACGAAGGUUUCUAAUGACUGAAGUAGGGGGUCUUUUGCACUAGGCGUCUGGGUAAAAAGUAUCUCACGGGUUUGCAUACCUGUUGAUUGAUAGAAAUAGAGUUCUUAACUUCCAA